ACAUUCUAAUUCUAAACCUGUAAUUAAAUUUCCCAUUGCUAUUGCCAACUAAAGAGUAGUAGACUAGUAGGAUCAUUCGGUAUCAGUGAUAAUCACACUCCACUUGACACCCACAUUUAAAUUCAUCACCUUUUUCUUGUUUUUCCACUUUCCCAAAUCCCCAAAUCAAUCAAAAUAACUUCUAUCAAAACCAAAAGUAUUCAAAUGCACAAAUUUCAUUCAACUUGAAGAUAAAUGGAAAUCACAAUAAAACCACUUAGAAAAAAACCAUGGUUCAUACCAUUAAUCUUAUCUCUCCUAACAUCAUCAAUCUUAAUAAUGUUCUCAUUGUUUUUCACUUCAAAUCUAAAUCCAUUUCAUCAAACACCAACAAAAUCAAAAACCAACCAAAACCACCCAUUAUUUGUUGAAUCAAGGCUCACAAUUUCACCAAUAAAGUCACAAAAUUCAACACCAAGACUUGCAUACUUGAUAUCUGGGUCAAGUGGGGAUGUCAAGGCUUUGAAAAGGACAUUAAAGGCAUUGUAUCAUCCAUUGAAUCAAUAUGUUGUUCAUUUGGACCUUGAAUCACCAGCUGAAGAAAGAUUGGAACUUGUUGAUUUUGUAAACAAUGAAAGUGUGUUUAAAGAAGUUGGGAAUGUGAGAGUGGUGUCAAGGUCUAAUUUGGUCACUUAUAGAGGCCCAACUAUGGUUACAAAUACACUUCAUGCUGCUUCUAUUUUAUUGAAAGAAGGUGGUGAUUGGGACUGGUUUAUAAAUUUGAGUGCUUCUGAUUAUCCUUUAGUUACUCAAGAUGAUUUGCUUCACACAUUUUCAACUGUUCCUCGAGACCUUAAUUUUAUCGAGCAUACAAGUGACAUUGGUUGGAAAGAGUACCAAAGAGCUAAGCCUGUUAUUAUUGAUCCAGGGCUUUAUAGUCUGAAAAAAGCAGAUGUGUUCUGGGUAUCCCAGAAAAGAAGUGUGCCUACUGCUUACAAGCUCUUCACAGGUUCUGCUUGGAUGAUGCUUUCACGGCCCUUUAUUGAAUACUGUAUAUGGGGAUGGGAUAACCUUCCAAGAAUUGUGCUCAUGUACUAUGCCAACUUUCUUUCAUCUCCCGAAGGGUAUUUCCACACAGUAAUCUGCAAUGCUGAAGAAUUUAGAAACACAACUGUAAAUCAUGACCUUCAUUUUAUUUCUUGGGAUAACCCCCCGAAACAGCACCCUCAUUUUCUGUCCAUUGAUGAUUAUGAACGUAUGGUAGAAAGCCAUGCACCUUUUGCUAGAAAAUUUGGUGCAGAUACGGAAUUACUUGACAAAAUAGACUCUGAACUUCUAGGGCGUGAACCAGAUGGGUUUGUCACAAGUAAUUGGUUUGAUAGAAGUGAUACAAAUAAAACUAUAGCUGAACACAUGAUUAGGAAUGCGACAGAGCUGAAACCAGGCCCUGGAGCAGAGAGGAUCAAGGCCCUGGUUGGUGGUAUGCUAGAUCACAAAGAUUUCCAUAUGAAGCAUUGUAUUUGAUAACUUCAGUAGAACCAUCUUCCUGAAGUCACUUGGCCCAUCUUCCUCCAUUUCUAGGUUUCAUGGGCUUCUGGAAAUGAGAUCUGCGUGACAAUAAGGUACCGAAGUAAUUUGAUAGAAAAGUUAACUUGUAAGCACCAAAAGGGUGUCACUACUGAUGUAGUGAUGUAUGCUAUCCAAGAUUAAGUUUUCUUGGAAUAUAAUUGUAGAGAUCUCAAAGAUAUACAAGUAUUAGUUCAGAACAUAAAUAAUAUCACGUUAGACCCUCGUGAAAACAUGAUUGUAUCUUGAAAUGGCCGUAUAAGAUCUAGUUUUUGAAA